AUGUUUCUCUUCAGCUUAAGGCAUAACGUCGUCAGACGUUCUGUUUUGAGGCCCAAGAGUGCACUUUUGGUGAAACCAGGAAGAAGAUCAGUGACAUCCAGUGUAGAUUGGAAACCCAUUAAAAGUACUAGGACCCCCAAUGACAAACCGAGAAACAGCAGCCCUACAAGAUUUAUAUUUUUGGGGCUAAUGAUUGCCAUGCCCGUCGUAUCAUUCUACUUGGGUUCAUGGCAACUGCGCCGUUUGAAAUGGAAGACUAAUUUGAUUGCCUCCUGUGAGGAUAGACUUACUUAUCCUCCAUGUCCAUUGCCCAAAAACUUCGGUCCAGACGAUGCUGAAAACUGGGAAUACCGUAAAGUUACAAUUGAGGGCGAAUUCCAGCACGAUCAAGAAUUGUUUGUUGGACCUCGUGUAAGAAAUGAAGCUAAAGGCUACCUGCUCUUCACACCAUUUAUACGUAAGGAUACGGGAGAGAAAUUGCUUAUAGAAAGAGGAUGGAUCAGCGACGACAAGGUUGUUCCUACCAAUAGAGGUAUGCUUCAUUUGUCACUUCCCACUGGAAAUAUCAAAAUCGAGUGUCUUGUGCGCGUUUCCAAGAAAAAAGGCACAUUUCAAUGGGACAAGGAAGACCAAAAUAGCAGAUUGUGGCAGAUUGUUGACUUUCCAGACAUGUCAAAGGCAUGCGGCGCCACCCCACUCCAUCUGCAAGCGCUUUACGAUCUGAAAGAUCACGACUGGGUGCACACAGGAAUAGGUGGUGAAAAUGAGAAGUCUAGCAACAGCCAGGUAUCUUGGUGGAAAUUCUGGCAAAGGUCAAAAAGGCCUGAACCUACAGGCACGUCUGAAGGUUCCAAAACAUCAGGGUUUGAAGACGUUGAGUUCAACGAAUGGCAACUCGUCAAAGCUGGGGUUCCAAUUGGCAAAGUUCCCAAGAUCGAUUUGAAAAAUAACCAUUUGCAAUACCUGGUGACGUGGUACGGACUAUCGUUUUUGAGUUCCAUUUUUCUGGUCGUGGCCCUGAGACGUAAUCGGGGUGGUGCAGUCUCUCAGGAUCAACUCAAAAGAGACAAAUUGAGACAUGCAAGCAGAUAUAUGUGA